CUUUCUUCUGGCCAGGCCACUUGCUUCAAGUAAAACAGCAGCCGCCUCUCGAAUAGGAUGGACUCCACCCCACCACCACCGGUCUAUCUGGUCCCGUUCGCACGUUCAGUGGUCGACCUGCUGACGAUCUGGCCGGCCCUUCAACUCUCCUUCGAGCAAUCGGCUUCCCACCAGUCGCAAGCUGCACAGGACUCGGCGCGGUCGGAGCUUGCGACUGAACUCGUAGGCGCUUUCCUUGACGCCCAGCCGGUCGCCGAAGAGUCGUCUGGCCAGGAAGCCUCGGCCGAUCAGCCGCCGACACCUGAAAGCGAAGAGAUCGAGGACUUUCUGCUCGGAUGGGUUUUCGGAACUCUGGACGUGCGGAUCGAGGAUGAAUCAGAGAUCUCGAUCACCCGCGACCUGCUCAACCUGUGGAGCGAAUGGUCCGCCAUGGCUAGCCCUGCCGACGAACACGCCGUCCGAUCUAGUGGUCAAGUCAUCCAACGGGUCGAACGUCUGGCGGCUGGACGACGGGCUAAUCGGUCUCAGAUCACCGCACAAUUGGUCGACGAAGGUCAUGUCAGCGGGGAUGAAGAGAGCGAGGAGGAAGAGAGCAUGAAUAUUGAUGACCCAUCCUCUCAACCGUCGGUCGCUCGACGCCAUCCCAGCCCGACAAUCGAUGAAGACGGCUUUACACUUGUUACAAAGUCAACCCAUCGGCAUUAGAUUCACAAAAAAAAACCCUCCCUUUCUCUUCACAAAUAUACUUCCACCAAGACCUCAUCUUUGAUUUCCCUUUUCCCUGGUAUAUUGGCUGAAACUCCGCCAUAUGCAAAAGAGUCGUAUUCCCUAGUUCGCACGUAAGAUGUACAUACCUAUUCAGAAUGAUAAAACAAAAAAUUAAGUGUCAUUUCCUGCACACUCUUCAUUCUAUAAGAUCAGUCAGAGGGUUAAUAUUGGUCCCAGUGAGGAAGUUUCUGAAUAUCUUGGGGAGAAUUAAGACAGCAAUACACAAUACAUAACCACCC